AUGUGGCCGCCGACCGUGGGCGCGCGCGUGCGCCCGGUGAUCUCCGCCCCGGAGACGGUCACCCCCGACGGCGACCCGGUCCCGACGCCGGGCGCGGGGCCGAUGUGGGCGCGGCUGCGAUACCCCGCGCCGUCGACGGGCGACGACAGGCUGCUCGCGACGGUCGCGGACGUCGAGGGCCUCGACGGCGACGGCGGCGACGCCGCGGGCGUCGCCACCGCGAGCGUCGUGUGGGAGGACGGGACCGAGGAGGACGGCGUGUCGCUGCGCGCGCUCGGGCCGCGCCGCGCGGACGACGCCGACGCGAAGGACGAGGAGGAGGAGGAGGAGGAGGCGUCGGGGUAUCGUCGAUCGCGAUCGCGCGCGGAGGCGUCGCGCGCGCGCGGCAACGACCGCUUCCGCCGCGGCGACGAGGCCACCGCGGCCGCGGAGUACGUCGAGGCGUGCGCGUGGCUCAUCGCCGCGAUCGGGCCCGCGCGCGCGCGCGCUCUCCCGGGGCGGGAGAACGACUGGAACGUCCACGAGAGCAUCGCGGACGCCGCGGCGGUGGAGCGCGCGGCGACGACGACGACGACGACGACGGCGACGGCGACGAAGAAGAAGGCGCCCGCGCUGACGCCGACGGUCGGCAUGCGCGUGCGCGUGAUGGGCGCGGACGGUUCGUCCCGCGCGGGGAUGGUGUCCUACGUCGAGGAAGACGACCGCGUCUGCGACGUGAUGUUCGACGACGACGACGACGGCGGCGGCGGCGGCGGCGGCGACGACGACGACGACGACGAGGAAGUCGGCGUCCCGUUCGACCGACUCUUCGGCCUCGGCGGAGAUGCGACCGCCGACGCCGCCGACGCCGCCGACGACGACGACGCGAGGCGAUCGCGAAGGGAGGCGGCCGCGACCGCGACCGCGCGCGUCGAGGACGUCGUCGCGACGCUCUCAGACGUCCUCUUGAACGUCGCGCGGUGUCACCUGAAGCUCUCGGCUUCGAGAGCCGGCGGGUCGUCCGCCGCGCACGCGUGCAUCGCCGCGUGCACCGCGUCGCUGUCGCUGCGAAGGAACGUCGCGGCGCUGUAUCUGCGCGGCCGCGCGCGGACGAUCUUGUGCCAGUUUAAGCGCGCCGGGGAGGAUCUGAUGGCGGCGCUGGAGGUGCACAAACGCAGGCGGAUCGCCGCGGAUGGCGAGCGGCGUCGCGGCGGCGGCGGCGACGCGGGGGACGCCGAGACGUCGCCCGCCGCCGCGACGACGAACGACGACGACGACGACGACGACGAGCUCGACCCCGACGAUCCUGACAACGACAGCGGCGACGACAACGGCAUCGAGCGCGGGUACGUCGACAGCGACGACGAAACGGACGAACAGCGAGCGUUACGCGCCGAGGAGGAGCGCGCGUUUCUCUCGGCGCCCGUCGUGAACGCGUUCGCCGGCGGCGACGACGACGACGACGCGUCCGCGACGGAUCCGGAUCCUGACGCCGACGGCGCCAUCGCGCGCGCGGACGUGCUCACCCCCGCGGUCGCGGCGAAGAACGCUCUGAGCGCGAUGAGCUCGGGGGAGAGGGAGACGCGCGUCGCGCUGCGCGCGUUGAAAGCGGCGGCGAGGCGGAGGGCGGCGGCGGACCGAAAGUUGGCGAAAGCUGUGCUCGGGCACGUGCGCGCGUCCGGCGUCGACGCGGGAUUGGAUCCGAAAUCGGACCCGCUCGCGCGCGUCGCGCCGGUGAGGGACCCGCACGAGAUGAAGGGGGGCGUGCCGCUGAGUAAGAUCGGCGAGGUGUUCAGGGAUCACGUCGUGGGGAAGGUCGCGCCGGUCGUGCGAGGACGCGGGUGCGUGGUUAGCUGA